AUGUGUAUCGAUUAUCGGGAGUUGAAAAAUCUUCCAGUGAAGAACAAGUAUCCAUUUCCAAGAAUCGAUGACUUGUUUGAUCACCUUCAAGGGAAGACAAUCUUCUCUAAGAUGGAUCUUUGGUUAGGGUAUCAUCAGUUGAGAAUUCGAGAGGAAGACAUUCCGAAGACUGCAUUUCGUCAUAUUGUCGGUGAAAAUGGUAUUAUGAUCGAUCCGGGAAAGAUUGAAUCAGUUAGAGAUUGGCCGAGACCAAAGACAAUUUAUGAGGUUAGAAGCUUUAUUGGUUUAGCUGGAUACUGUCGUCGUUUCGUAGAGGAUUUUUCUAAGAUCUCCAUGCCAUUGCCAGAAUUGACUAAGAAGAACCAAUAG